CUUCUUUUUCCCCUCUCUCUCAUAAACAAAAACACAAAAGCAUGCCACAGAAAAAGAAGAGAUUGUGCAAACAUUCAUUGAUUUUUGGGUUAUUACCCUCGUGAUCUGUGCACAAUCAUCUUCUGCUUCAUAAUAUAUACCUUCAUCUUCCUUUUUCCUCUUUUCUUACUUUCUUUGUUCAACACCCUUCUGUUGGGAACGACCCUUUUCCAGUUUUGGGAUUUGGAGGCUGCAAAAGGGCAUCUAAAUAUUGUGAACUAGUGCUUUAAAAGCAAUAAUGGGGUGGCAAUUCUGACAAACAUGGAUCCUCAGGCCUUCAUCAGGUUGUCAAUAGGUUCUCUGGGGUUGCGAUGCACUGGAAUUGAACUGCACACCGGAAAAUCUGGAAUUCAAACACUCUCCCUACCUUGUGUUUGUGAGAUUCGGCUUCGAGGUUUUCCUGUUCAAACAUCUUCAGUCCCUGUGAUAUCCUCAGCAGAAGUUACACCUGACACUCAGAACAUUGCCUCUAGCUUUUACCUUGAGGAGUCUGAUUUAAAAGCAUUGUUAGCUCCUGGAUGCUUCUCCAACACUCAUGGUUGUUUGGAGAUUGCUGUGUUUUCAGGGAGGAAGGCCUCCCAUUGCGGAGUUGGCAUCAAAAGGCAGCAAAUAGGGAUCUUUAAAAUGCAUGUGGACCCCGAGUGGGGUGAAGGAAAGCCGUUGAUUCUUUUUAAUGGGUGGAUAGGUAUUGGCAAGAACAAACAGGAGAACGGAAAGCCGGGUACCGAGCUACAUCUAAAAGUGAAACUAGACCCUGACCCUAGAUAUGUAUUCCAGUUUGAAGAUAUCACAACAUUGAGUCCUCAGAUAGUUCAACUGCAAGGAUCUAUCAAGCAGCCAAUCUUCAGUUGCAAGUUUAUUAAGGACAGGGUUUCCCAGGUUGACCCGUUGAGUGCAUACUGGACAGGCUCUACCAACGAGAUUUCUAACUUGGAGACAGAGAGGAGAGAAAGAAAGGGGUGGAAGGUGACGAUACACGAUCUCUCUGGCUCGGCUGUCGCUGCAGCCUUCAUAACAACUCCCUUUGUUCCAUCUUCAGGUUGUGAUUGGGUUGCCAGAUCCAACCCAGGGUCUUGGUUGAUUGUUCGGCCAGACACAGGCCGAUCCGAGAGCUGGCAUCCAUGGGGAAAGCUCGAAGCAUGGCGCGAGCGUGGCAUCCGAGACACCGUUUGCUGCAAGUUCCAUCUUUUAUCUGAAGCUCAAGAGGGAGGUGAACUCCUCAUGUCUGAAAUACACAUAAAUGCUGAAAAGGGUGGAGAGUUUUUCAUAGACACUGAGAAACAUCUGAGAACUGCAACUGCAGCAGCAAGUCCAAUACCAAGUCCACAAAGCAGUGGAGACUUUGGUGCACUGAGUCCAUUGGUUGGAGGUUUUGUCAUGAGUUGCAGGAUUCAAGGAGAAGGAAAGCAAAGCAAACCGUUGGUCCAACUCGCAAUGCGACACGUGACGUGUGUCGAGGAUGCUGCCAUCUUCAUGGCACUUGCAGCAGCUGUGGACCUCAGUAUCCAGGCAUGUAAACCUUUCAGGAGGAAGGUGAGAAGAGGUUUCUGGCAUUCUAUGUGAAGAACACAAGGCAAAAAUGUAUGUGUAAGCACCAUCAUAGAUGUGAAUUUUCUGCCUUUGCUUUUCUGCAAUGCUUAGAAAAAUGUACAGCUUAAGUUAGUGCCCUGCAUUGCUCUCUUGUGAAUUUUUCAGCAUAUUAUUAGCAUUCUGAUGCUUGUACAAUUAAGCUGCACAAAACAAUACCAAGUUAAUGAACUUUUUCUAGAAUUGACCUCAUUCUGAAAAGGGUUCUGUUUUUUUCAUA